AGUUAAAAAAAUGAAUAAAUUUAAUUAAAAUUGUAAUGAGAAAAAAAUGGAUGAUGAAUUAGAGCAAUUAAAAGAAGAUCUUUCUAAAAAAAUAUCUUUAUUGAAAAGGCAAAUACACGAAGAAGAAACUGAACAAGCUCGACGAUUGACAUCCUACACUCGAAAUCUAAGUCCUAUAGAAGAUGAUUUUUCGGAUAAGGAAUAUUCAUGGAAUGAGAUGCGUAAAAUGUGUAAAUUAUCAAAACGUAUAACUGGAAUUAAAUUUCACAAUUCCACAAAAAAUUGGAUUAAUAAUAGGAUUUAUAAAUACACAACUAAUGUAGAUACCAAAAGUAUUAACUUUUAUUUAGAGCUAACCGUGGAUUUAAAAAAUGAUCCUGAUUUUGAAAUAAUUGAUAUAACUUGUCAUUUUUUAAAUCUUCAAACUUGUUAUUUAUCAGAAAUAACUCCAUGGGUUCAAUCUUUUUCAAAAUCAAAAAAUUUAUCCUUUCUUAUGUCUGGAAUAUCCGAUUAUAGUUAUUGCAAUCAUUUACGUCAAAAAGUUAUUACAUCUUUAAAAGAAACUAAUUAUGCUGAUGUUUAUGAACACGAAGAAGAAGGUGGUGGAAUUUUAUUAGAUAUAAAAUCACCAAAAAAUCCAGACCAUAUAUAUAUAAAAUAUCUAUGGCUAUUGAAUUAUGUUGAUAGAACUUGUCGCGUAGAUCAUCAUUUUAUAAUAACUGCUACAGAAUUUGGCGAUGAAUUUGUUGAAGAAAAUACUUCAUUAAUUAAAAAAUUUUGCAAGCUGAAUCUGAAGAAGCAAGAUAUGAUUGAACUAUGGUCACAAUUAUGUAUUGCUAUUGAUUCUUACGAAAAUGAAAAUGUGUAAAAUAUGUAAUGUUUAACCUUUCUCAUGGAAAUUUUACUAUCUAUAAGUCAUCUUUACUAUUCUCUAAUAUCCCUCAUUCACAUUUCUCUAUUGUAUAUUAUCCCUGUAUAAUAAAAAUAUAUA